CAACGAGGCUCUUUAAGCCCCGGUGCCCAACACAGAGCGGGCAUUCAGAGCACGAGCGAGGGGGCAGGAACUGAGGCGGGCGACCUGCUUUCAGUGCAGUUUUUUGUUCUGUAGACGUCCAUCCUGAGGAAGACGGCGAAAGCGCGGGAAGCACGCGGAUGGAUUCAUUCUGACAGAUUUGAACGUGUGCAAAGAGAAACGUGAAAAGUGUCACGGGAGGACAUAAAGACAAAACGUCAAGCACUGUUUUGAAUAUAAAGAAAACUCAUUUUAACAACAGAGGCACUGAGAGAAACUAGAUCCACCGACACCUGUGACCGGCGAGCCAGAGAUGUCGGCGGAGGAGCACAGUCUGUCAGAAGUGGAAAUGAGUCCCGGGGUGUCGGAGGACGGUCACUCUAUGUCCCCAUCGGGCGGUCCUGGCAGGGCGGACUCCCCUCUUCCCGGCCAGCCGUCCCAGAUGUCGGGCGUCGGUGAUGAGGCGGCGGGAGUCUCAAGUGGAGUCUCGGUGAAGUCAGACGAAGAUGACGACCGUUUUCCCAUCGGCAUCCGCGAAGCGGUCAGUCAGGUGUUGAACGGUUAUGACUGGACGCUCGUGCCCAUGCCCGUGCGUGUGAACUCUGGUAGUAAGAGCAAACCGCACGUGAAGCGGCCGAUGAACGCGUUCAUGGUGUGGGCGCAGGCCGCGCGCAGGAAGCUGGCAGAUCAAUAUCCGCACCUGCACAAUGCCGAGCUCAGCAAAACACUUGGCAAACUCUGGAGGCUGCUAAACGAGACGGAUAAGAGGCCGUUUAUCGAGGAAGCCGAGCGUUUGAGGAAACAGCAUAAGAAAGAUUAUCCUGAGUACAAAUACCAGCCGCGUCGACGCAAGAACGGCAAGCCAGGAUCCAACUCUGAGUGCGACGGCCACUCUGAGGGCGAGGUCAGUCACAGCCAAUCGCAUUACAAGAGUCUGCACCUGGAGGUGGUGCACGGCGGGGCCGCAGGAUCGCCGCUGGGCGACGGGCACCAUCCUCACGCGACAGGUCAGAGUCAUAGCCCCCCAACGCCCCCUACCACCCCAAAGACGGAACUGCAGGGUGGUAAAUCCACGGAAGGGAAGCGUGAGGGUGGGGCCGGGGGCUCCAGGGGCGGUCUCGGGGUGGGAGCAGACGGAAGCUCUUCCUCUGCGUCCGGCAGCGGCAAACCGCACAUUGACUUCGGUAACGUGGACAUUGGCGAGAUCAGCCAUGACGUAAUGGCCAACAUGGAGCCGUUUGACGUUAACGAGUUUGACCAGUACCUGCCACCCAACGGGCAUCCGGGCGUAGCAGCGACAUCGAGUGGUGCGGGCGCAGGGUCCUCGGCUUCCCCGUACACGUACGGCCUCUCGACAGCCCUGGCAGCCGCUAGUGGGCACACAACCGCCUGGCUGUCCAAGCAGCAGCUGGCGUCCCAGCAGCACUUGGGACCAGAUGGCGGGAAAACGCAGAUAAAGAGCGAAUCACCUUUCUCCAGUGAGGUGGCAGCGAGCGGGUCGCACGUCACCUACACGCCUCUCAGUCUGCCGCACUACAGCUCCGCCUUUCCCCCACUGGCAUCCCGUGCGCAGUUCGCCGAUUACGCCGAGCACCAGGCCUCCGGCUCCUACUACGCCCACUCCAGCCAAACCUCCGGGCUCUACUCCGCCUUCUCCUACAUGGGCCCGUCCCAGAGGCCCCUGUACACGGCCAUCCCAGAUCCCGGCUCCGUGCCACAAUCACACAGCCCGACGCACUGGGAGCAGCCUGUAUACACCACCCUGUCUCGACCAUGACACACACACACAGGUUUAUAAGGUUUCACAGUUAUUUAAUAUCCAGUAGCUGAACGGUACAAACUAGUGUGUUUGAAAAUCACCUUCACCACAAUCUACACAGACAGAAAUCUGAGAGAAACUUUCGGAAGGGUGUGUGGACAUCUGCAGGGAAAAUAUUCUCAUAAAACGUGCGUCUCAGGCUGAUAAAAUCAUCACGACCCGUCACAGAGAUUUCACAGAGAUCUGCUCAGAUUCCCUAAAUGCCUUUUGCUUGAUGGCAGAUAUUUGAAACGAAUGAUAUUUAAUGAGAUAUAGCCCAAAAUUACCAAAGUUCUGAGACCAAAACAUUAAAACAAGAAAAAUACAACAAAUUGGGUGGAGUUUCUGUACUUGGCAGGUACACAAAUAUUGUACACAUUGUACACAAGCUUCACACACCCACAUUAAUAUACACAAACACACACCUGAUGAUACAACCUGUACAUCCAUGUGUUUUUUAUUUGUAUGAAUGAAUAAUCUCUUUUAUUAACCAAAAUAAGGCCAUAUUGUUAUCAGAAAAAUAAUGACGUGUUUUCAUUGUUGUAAUCUUUUCUAUUGAUGUUACUGAUGUUGUUGCCAUAACUACACUGAAAAGUCUUCACCACUGUCUAGUGUUUGUUAAUCACAUUUGUGUUUUAUAACUUUCAGUGUGUGUGUAAAUAUGAAUGAUCUUCACAGUUUUACUCCGAACGCAGAUGAAAGAUGGGACUAGCGUAGCGGUGCAUUCCCGUCAUGUCGGAAGUCUCCGAUAUGAAAAUGGAACCGUUUUAUGUGGUUUUAUUACAGUUGAUGGUUCCUGGUGGGCUUUCUUGAUACUUUGAUAUGUUGUAAGAGAAUAUCGAGGUGAAUUAAUGUCGCCUAAUGAUUGCGUAUUUUCCUGUCAUCGUUAACAAAGCCGCACGUGGAUAUAUUUUGGCGUUUUGAGCGUCCGAACAGUUCUAUUUGGAAGACUCGCAGACUUAAUUUAAGAUGACAUUUAUUUGAUGAAUAUAAAACAGAAAUGUAAUGUCUCUCGUUGGCGUAAGCCCCGUCUGGCGGUCUGGAGAAGUUGUACUCAGAACCGACCUAUCCUGCCGGAGAUAGCAGGCGGGGCGAGGAGCAUACCCCCGUGUGGGACGGGACUCAACAGGUGGUGGUGGGGUGGAGGAGGUUGCUGUGUUGGCACACUGAAACAGCGUGACUUAUAAAGCAAUGGCUUACAUGUGAUUGGCUGGGAGUUGCCCAGUUAAUGGUGUGUUGAUGUACAGCUGCUCGUUAUCGCAAGUAAUUCCGACGACACAUGAAUUUAAUCCAGCACUUGUGCCUUCAGAUCGAUCGGUUCAACAUCCUGAUUAAGCUCAAAUUAAAUCGCAGGAAACUUUUUUCAGGACGCAAAACUUUAUCAGCGCACUCAAAUAAUAUUUUGGCCUAUUUUUAAGAUUUAUGCAUUUUAUUUUAUAUAUAUAGAAUUCCACCAAAUUGAAUCGCGUUAUCUUUAACAAAAUUAACUUAAUAAAAACUGUCAUUUUGCUAAAGAUUACGCAAUUCCAUUUUAUUUAAUUUUAUUAUGAAAAAAUUCAAUAAUCAUCCAAAAUUAUUUUUAUUUUUUGAAUGUGUAGCUGCUCUUAAUAUUUUCAUUCCCAUAUCGGGAAUGUCAAAUUCAAUUGAAACAGUGCUGUUCAUUUUUCUGGAGAUAUUUCCCGCUUCCGAAAAUUUGCCAAUCAAAGUUAUUUUCUGCACGAGCGCUCAUUUCAGUUCAAAAUAUUGCUGUAUUAUUUCACGGUACAGUUACCGCUCGCGGUCUGUUACGGUAAACGAUAUUUAACUAUUCUAACUUUUCCUCCCUUUUGGUACUUUAAGACUUAUUUCGCCCUCGUUAUUAGUAUUAUUAAAAAUAAACAAAAUCUUGAUUUUAGGGCCUACGUCUUACAGUAGGACAUUCUUGUUAUAUAUUACAAAACAUUAUUUAUAUUUGUUGUUUUUUAUCAGUAGCGUUUUAUGCAGAUGUGGGAAACUUUUGUUGUAUAAUGUUGUGGUGGCUUAAUGUGUUGUUGUUUUUGUUUAUCAGUGUAAAUAGAAGAGCAGUGACUAACUUUAACUUCCCUCACUAAAUAAAGCUGCA